UCUUACGCGGUUCAGUCCGCAGAUGACUCUCGAGCCGUGUGGAAGCUCUUCUGGUCUUGUGUUGUGCAAAAUGGAGCUAGUUUAAUUGUUUUUUGAACUGCUGGCUACUAGCUUUUAGGGUCACAGCAGUGGCAGCUCGAAAGGAAACUCAGCGGUUCUGGUGCAACAGCGGAGAUUAUAUUUCCAUAUCACUCUGGAAUAUUAUUGCCAUCCUGAUGCUUGCACAAUCAGAAACGGCUUCUCUGUAGGCAAACGUUGCCACGAAUCAUUCGUUGGAAUCAUCAUCGUGGCGUGGCCUAACCAAGUAGAGCACGUAAAAUUAUCGGCCAAGUGAAAGAAAUCAAAUUUCAUCUAAUAAACAUACAACCGAACAGCUUUCCAUCAGCUUCCACAAGAAGUGGAAAAUCAACGAUCUGCACCCAGGGAAAAGCACCAAAGUGAGAAAAUGAUUCCCCAAUCAUCGGCAGUAACAGCCGAGGCAAGAAAAAUAUGUCAAAUUGAAAUCGGAAAAUGUUUGCUUUUCGUCACACUGCUAACGAGUGUUUGCAUCCAAACCAUCCGUACCGACGAGGGCACCUCGGACGCCUAUCCUCCGCCGACAAAUGAACCCGAAACCACUACCGGAUGUCCACCGCCGGAUUUCAAAAUCUCCCGCCAGCGGAAGUCCUUCGCCAGUACCGAGGCGCCCUUUGUUACGUUUGAAACCACACAAGUCAAUUUACCGCAGGACUUCACUACUGCCGAGUUGGAGUUUGUCGAUGGCGGCAAGGCAGCUGCUCUGGUCGGUCAGAAUGUGGCCCUACAUGAUUCCCAUGAUACGCCUUUCUGGUGGGAGAUGGGAAUACAGAACGCCGAAGCUAGGGAAUCUUUGGCAGCGGCAUCUUUUCCCUCGCAUCACAACAAAAAACGGGCUAAACGAACAGCGAGACGCUCGGUUCGGCGCUACCGGAGGUCACCUUUUGGACAGCAGGAUGGGCAGGAGAAUGUCUUGCAUCAGGAGCUGACGCCGGUUAUUGUGAUCAACAACAUAUUCAACGAGAAUGAUAGUGAUCACAGUGUGUUUGAUAAUGUGUUUCUGAAUAGUAACCAGCUGGAGGAGGAAGAUGAGGAAGAUCAGCAAGAGGCUGACGAGCGCGAUCGAUAUGUUGAUCGGAAUGAAAUUGGAGAUGUGGUGGAGACGGAGCAAAUUGAGGUCCACGGUGCUAAGACAAGAGUUAAGAGAAAGUCGGGUAAAACUACAGGAGCGUUGAGUCGCGCCAAAGGAAGUGGAGGUGAUAGUGGAAGUAAGAGUAUCACCAGACACAAUAAACAAGAACAUGAUCUAGAUAUCUCGGACUUGGAGCAAGACGGCCACAAAAUGCGUGACGGGAGCGUUACCGCAGAGGGCGCCCAGCUCGGUCAGGACCAAGGGUCCAUGGUACGGGUUAAGCGUAAGUCUGGUAAGGCGACCGGUGCGCUCAGUCGGCCGAAAGGGGGCAGCGAUAGUGGCAGUAAGAGUAUCAGUCGAAAUGCCAACAAAGGUCAGUACGACGAGGAUGGCAGUUAUGUUCCGCCCUUACCUGAUUCCCGCGAGAGUCCAGAUGAGGAGAAGGAGAGCGAAGAAAUCGAGGAAAGUCCAGAAUUGCAUCAAUUCAGGGAAGUCAUGGAAGUGCGAUUCCCAGGUGAAGUUGGACCUCUAGGAGGGCACCGACUUUGCAAGAUUCAGUGCAUCAAAGGGCACUGGGUAGGGCCUCUGUGUGCCAUGAACGAACACGAAGUAGAUGAAAACGGUCAAUUAAAAUUCGAGCCUUUAUAUAAGCGCUGCGUUGUGGAUCAAAUUCCUCCGCAUUUGCUGUUAAGCUAUAAAAAUGUCUCCGUGACUUCUGGAUGGGACCUACCGCAUGGACAUACUCUUCAGGCCAGAUGUCGCGAUCUUGGCUUGUAUAAACUGCUCGGCGAAACUAAGGUACUUUGCUCGAACGGUCUGUGGGCUCCAAAAAUGCCCUCAUGUGUACCAACCACUCUGCUAACAAAUUAUUCCGAUGACAGUCCACCGUCAAUUCGAAUCAAGGUAGGCGUAGGAUCCGCCGCAUAUGAACCAUCCGGGGUGCUAGCCGUGCUGCCAACCAGCACUAUUCAUCUAGAUUGUAUGUACCCAAGACGACGAGGCUCACCCGAGUGGACCUGGACUGGAUGGUUCCGACAGUACCUGACUGGUUGGUCGGCAGUGCCGGAGGAGAAAGCAUCCCGCUAUCGGUUAACAAUCAAGGACAUUCAAAGCCAAGACUCGGGCACGUACACUUGUGCAUCUCCUCGUGGGUUAACCAAUAGCAUAGUGAUUAUUGUUGCUACAUCACAAUGUGCGGCUCUUUCGGAACCGAAACCACCACUUUCAUUGCGACUGGAAGGGAUCAAACUGGGACAGCGAGCUUUGUACCGAUGUCCCCUUGGUUACACCUUGCAGGGAACGGCUAAUGCGACUUGUUUGGCUUCAGGAAAUUGGUCAUCGCCUCCACCGAACUGUCACCCGAUUCAAUGUCCUCCGCUGUUCUUGGAGGAUCCACAUCUCAGCCUGGUAGAACUAAACACAUCCGCCUGGGGUCGGGCCGUAUUCCGUUGUGCAUGGGGCUAUCGCUUGAGUGGUCCACCUGGGCUCGAGUGCGAACCAAACGGCCAUUGGAGCGGCCCCAUUCCAAGAUGCCGAGCAAUCCAAUGUCCCCAGCCCCUGGUACCGAUCAACGGUCGUAUCGACGGAACAAGCGGAUUGAACACGUUUGGCCAGCGUCGUUAUGCCGUUGGAGCACUAGUAACAUUUAGUUGUACCGAAGGGCACCUACUGGUGGGGGAGGCGUCAAUAGUGUGCACUGAAACUGGCUUCUGGUCGCACCCGCCACCAUUUUGUAAGGCCCAAUGUCCAUAUCCCGGAGAUCCACCGAAUGGGCUGAUAGCACCGCUCAAAUUCCAUUACGAUCCGGGAGACUAUCUGACGGUCCAGUGCCGGCCCGGAUUUGUCGAGCAUGGAGUGAACGGGGGCCCACCGGAACGUCCUCGCUGCACGCCCGAGGGUGACUGGUCCGGACCGGUUCCACAAUGUCGAAGUUACGAGGAAAUUUAACUUUACUAGAACGGAUUAUGGUUGCCGAGCCUCAGUAGGUACCACAUUGUGAUAACAGUGAAGUUUAUACAGGACAAGUCUCUUGUUUUGACAUGAGAAAAAACUAGGCAACAAUGUCUUUAACAGAAAAAAAACCAUGGUUUGCAGUUUUGUGAGAGUACAACUUGUAACGGUUUUACCCCGGUAGUAUGCAGGCGAAAAUUCGCGAUACAUAUUUGAAACCAAAUUAGUCAUGUUUCGUACGAACACCUUAGUAGAUAUCACUCAUAUAAGCCUCCGAAAGCAAUUAUUCUGACGAAUUUACUUUCUGUAACAGUGUAGUAAUGCAGUUAUUAUAUAUAGGUAAUAAGAUGAGAAACUACAUAGUAUUGUUGUAAAUAUCGGCUCCAAAUCAAACAAAGAGAAUAUAUCCAAUGGAAUGAUUAUUUAUUUCGAUCUAUCAAUCUACCAACCCUAUAAUCAAACUAAUCAUAAACAAUCAUAUCUUGGAAGUGGAUGAAACAAACUCAUACACACUUUGUCUAUCGAAUCUAUGUAAAACGCUUAGAUCACAACGAUCGAACUAUUAAUCGCUGGUGAAACGUUUACAUCUUAUUAUAUUCACAUUUUCAACAGAGCCACUUGUAAUUUCCAGAACUGAACUGUUAUCUGUGCUUACAUUAUUAUCACAUAUGAAACAAACAAAAAAUCCUCCGAUCUUUUUACGGCAAUCUUACUUUUAUCCUCUUGAAAUUAAACAAAAACAAGUGAGUUAAACUCAACACGAAGCAUAUACAAGUUUUGAACUUCGCUUAGGUUUAUCAGAAUUCCUUGAACCCAAUAUAUCCAAAAGGAAACAUAAUUAAGGUUGUUAUUGUACCGAGGUCAACUUUACCCGCAUGGAAUAAAAUUACGUGUAUUACACCCUAA